AUGCCGGUGAGACGGGGCCAUGUGGCGCCCCAAAACACUUUCCUGGAUACCAUCAUCCUCAAAUUCGAGGGACAGAAUCGAAAGUUUAUCAUUGCCAACGCGCAGGUGGAUAAUUGUGCUAUCAUCUUCUGUAAUGAUGCCUUCUGUGGGAUGUGUUGUUACACCCGGGCGGAGGUCAUGCAGAAGCCCUGUACCUGUAGCUUCCUGUAUGGACCACACACCAGGAGACCAGCGGUGGCCCAGAUGGCUAAAGCUCUGCUGGGAGCAGAGGAGAGGAAGGUGGAGAUUGCUCUCUACACUAAAGAUGGUGCUGCUCUUCUGGGUGCUGAUGUAUUACCAGAGAUAGAGCUGCAGACCUUCCCAGGGAUCCAGAAGUGGACCAUCCUUCACUACAGUCCAUUCAAAGCUGUGUGGGACUGGGUCAUUCUGCUCUUAGUGAUUUAUACAGCCAUAUUUACUCCAUAUUCUGCUACAUUUCUACUAAGUGAGCAGGAGGAAGCAGCCAUGCAAACCUGUGGUUACUCCUGUUCACCCCUCAACGUGGUGGAUCUUAUAGUGGACAUCAUGUUCAUCGAUGACAUCAUCAUUAACUUUAGGACGACAUAUGUUAACUCCAAUGAUGAGGUGGUGAGCCAGUCUUCUCGCAUUGCAGUCCACUACUUCAAAGAGUGGUUCCUCAUCGACAUGGUGGCAGCGAUUCCCUUUGAUCUCCUCAUCUACCGCUCAGGAGAGGAGCAGACCACCACACUGAUUGGCUUACUGAAGACAGCUCGGUUAUUGCGAUUGGUUCGUGUUGCAAGGAAGUUGGAUCGGUACUCAGAGUACGGUGCAGCUGUCCUCUUCCUCCUCAUGUGCACCUUUGCCCUUAUUGCCCACUGGCUGGCCUGCAUCUGGUAUGCCAUAGGUAGUGUGGAGAGGUCAACCUCAGCUGGGAUUGGCUGGUUGGACAAUCUGGGCGAGCAGCUGGGGAAGCCAUACAUUGACUCAAUCAUUGAGUCGGGUCCUUCCAUUAGAGAUAAAUAUGUCACAGCUGUGUACUUCACCUUCAGUAGUCUGACCAGUGUAGGCUUCGGGAACGUCUCCCCAAACACCAACUCUGAGAAGAUCUUCUCCAUCUGUGUCAUGCUUAUUGGCGCUCUGAUGUAUGCCAGUAUCUUUGGUAAUGUGUCAGCCAUUAUCCAGCGGCUAUACUCUGGUACGGCACGCUACCAUGCCCAGAUGAUGAGAGUUCGAGAGUUCAUCCGCUUCCACCAGAUCCCUAACCCUCUGAGACAGCGACUGGAGGAUUACUUCCAACACGCAUGGUCAUACACUAAUGGGAUAGAUAUGAAUGCUGUGAGUAUGAUCUAA